GGAGCUCUAUACCAGGCCCUGACCCUCAGCUGACUAGCUUCAUAUCUCUUUUCAUUAGCCAGCUUGUUCUCCAUAGCACUUAAAUAUCAGCUAACUCUCUUAGUGUCAGGUUUACUCCUUUUAUAUAUUGAAGCCUUUCUCCACAUAGUCUUCUUAUUGCCUCUGGCCCUUUAAAUUGCAGAGAAGGCAGCAGCUGCAGCCCUAUGGUGCUCAUUUUAGAGGCAAUCAGCUUGCAGGUUGCAUCUCUUUCUCCUCUCUAUGGAAAUCCAUGAAGUGGAUCAUGGUCUUAUCCGCCAGUUGCUUGAAGAUUCAGAGGAGACUUUUGGUGCAUGUACUGAGAAAAUGCAGGCCCCCGCUCCAUAUAACUGGAGUGCUGACUGGAGCUUUUGGAUCUCAAGUUCCACUUAUAAAUAUAGGAGUGAGGAGUUUAAGAGACAGUUUUCACAUCUGCCAGAUUUGGAGAGGCUCAUAGUAGAUUAUGCCUGUGCCCUCCAGAAGGAUAUUCUGCUGCAAGGACGCCUGUACCUCUCUGAAAACUGGCUCUGUUUUCACAGCAACAUCUUCCGAUGGGAGACCACGAUUUCUAUUGCCUUGAAGGAUAUAACCUUCGUGACAAAGGAGAAGACUGCUCGGCUCAUUCCAAAUGCCAUCCAGAUUGUAACAGAAGGGGAGAAGUUUUUCUUCACAUCCUUCAGUGCUAGAGAUAGAAGCUACCUCAGUAUCUUCCGCUUAUGGCAGAAUGCGCUGCUGGACAAGAGACUGACCAAACAGGAGUUCUGGCAACUGGUACAACAGAACUAUGGCUCUGAGCUGGGCCUGAACAGUGAGGAGAUGGAGAGCUUUUACUCGUCCUCUGAAGACAAUGGACAGUCUAGAUCCAGCAUUUGUGAUGAUUCUGGAGACAGAGAUGAAAAAUUACCCAAAGCAAUCUGUGAAAUUCAUGAACCCAUCAUUCAGAUAGAAGAGGCAGAGCCAUUCCAUGGAAACACACUGACAGGAGGGUCUGAGCAGGUGGAAUCCCAAAAUGAGAAACAGGACAAGAGGAGCCUUCUGUUGCCUUCUGAAAAGAAACCAUUUAAGCUAGAGAGACGCAGGCUUCUAGCACAAUCCCUGGAGCAAAUCGAGAAGGAGAAUCUUCUGGAGAAGAGCAGUGCCUCAGAUAGUGAGGAAGAAGCCAAGGAGACUGUCCCUGAGAAUGACCUGCACGGGAGACUCUUUAUUAAUAGAGUUUUCAAUAUCAGCGCAGACAAGAUGUUUGAAAUGCUUUUCACCAAUUCCCAUUUCAUGCAGAGAUUUCACAACACCAGGAAUAUAGUAGAUGCUGUAUCGACCCCUUGGAAUAUGGACGGCAGUGGCAAUCAGUUGAGGACCCUCACCUACACUGUAAUGAUUAACAAUCCGCUUAUUGGGAAGUACACAACUGCAACAGAAAAGCAGACCCUGAAUAAGCAGAGCCAGAAAGGUCAGUCUUAUCGGGUAGACGCAGAGGUGCUGACGCAUGAUGUCCCAUAUCAUGAUUACUUCUACACUGUGAGCAGCUAUUCCAUCACCCGUACAUGCAAUCAGAAAUGCAGAUUACGGCUUUCCACAGAUGUGAAAUACAAAAAGCAGCCAUGGGGCCUCAUCAAGUCUCUGAUUGAGAAGAAUACCUGGAGCGGGAUAGAGGAGAAUUUCAAACAACUUGAAUCAGAUCUGCUAAUGGAAGAAUAUGCAAUAACCCAAUCUAUAGAAGAUCCUGGGAAACUUAUUGCCCUAAGAAGACGACGACGGAAUUUACACCGGAAUAUGGCAGAGGCGCUUCCUAAGCGUUCUUCACAGCACUCUUCUGGGGACAUUGGAUUAGAGUCCCAGGGCAACGUAGUAGGAAGGAAAAGGGAUGCUGCAAGGAAGACCACAGCCAUCGUUGUGAUAAUGAGCAUCUUUUUGCUGCUCUUGGUUUUGCUGAAUUUGACUCUCUUCCUUAAACUAUCAAAGAUAGAGCAUGCAGUUCAGUCAUUUUACCGGGUCCACCUUCAGGAUGAGAAGUCUUUAAACUUAGUCCCUGACAUGGUGUCCAGAGAGGAUAACCCUCAGCGUGACAAGGAACAGGUCCGGCAGGUGAAGGGGGUACUGCAAGACUCUAUUGCAAUGCUUGAACAGCUGAAGAGCUCCCUUUCUAUGCUUCAGAGAAGCUUUGAUCACCUGAACAAGACCAAGAGUGAUGAGAUUGAGAGUUAACAUUACCAACACCCACAACUCAAGAUGUCAUGAGAAUGAAGAUGCUGCAUGUCUGUUUGGGAGUGGGGGUUUUGACAUUCUGUUGUCUCAGGACUUUUUGCUAUUUUUUGUUCAGCAGCUGCUGGUGCAGCUAAUACAGACCUCUGGAUAAAACAGGGCAGGUUCUUAGGUUCUGUAGCUCUGAGAAUCUCUACCCACCCCCCCCAUACAUCUGGUUUUCUUGUGAGCAAACCAGAGGUGUGAAUGAGUGAGAACGUUAUACUGUACUGUGUAACUGUGAUGUGCAAAUUACAGAGAAGUGCAACCUCAGCACAGCAAUGAUUGUAUCUAAUGAAAACUGAACUCUUUUUUUAUAUUGAUUUGAAGAAUCAUUGGCACUAAGCUACAGCGGGGGCAGGACGGGGGAUGUUCUGUAAAGAAAUAACAGCAGGCAGUGAUUUCACAUAGCCAGGGUAUUCAUAUGCUUCUUCAUAGACAUACAUAUUGUGUAAAACAAGUCAGCUGUUUGAAAUACCCAUAUUUAUUUUUUUAAGAUUGCAUUUUUUUUGUUUCACUCAAAAUGAAAGAGCUCCAUGUUUAAUCUCUUAUUAAAUUGUUCUGCACACUGAUGAGCUCUGCUAAUUCCUCCCACUCUACCCCCCCACAUCUGUUCAGCUUGCCAAAUGAAAUUUCAGCAUUCCAAAAGAAAUUGUUCCUUCAAUCCGUGGUGUGAUACCCAGCAAUGAUAACAGACCAUUGGGAAAGGACCAGAUUAGAAACCAAAAUUGAGGGGGCCCUUAUAUUGGUUGGGGGAAGCCCUGUUAGCAACUUUCUAAAAAACCUAAACCAGGGUUAACCAUGGUUGCUGCUACAACAUUGCCAACUCUACAUUACAGAAACUGGCAUGUUUAAUCAUGCUUGAAAAACAUGCUUGUACUCCAGCUGUGUUAUGGUUUUCAUGUCUUUGUGGGCAGCAAAACAACCCAUUAAAUAUGUGAGGGAUGUGUAUUUUAACCCUCAAAGGUAGUUCCCUGAUGUGAUUGUCAUGGUUUUGGUUUUAUGUUCAUACAAGCAAGAAGAAACUAUAUUAUAACAUGGCUAGGUUACAUGUAUGUGUUACAUGUACAUGUUACAAGUAUGUGAAAGCUGGCUGUUUUGUUGUGGAGGAAGGGCCACAAUUUCCCUGGCCAGUGUAUGCAGGGCAUCACUGUGCUACAAACUCAUUUACUGACCAUUGUAUAUUGUA